GCUGCAGCUCAUUUUCAAACCACAGUAUUUUAUAUAUAGUAACUUAGAAUAUAAAGUUUGUUGUAAUGAAGUUCUUUAUGUGUUUUUGGUAACUUAUGCAGUAACUAUUACUGUCAAACAAAUCUACUGAGGUAAAAAGUUGUAGUAAAGUAAGAGGUAACGUAGUAACAGCAAAUAAUCACGUGAAGUAAAAAUACCUCAAAGUUACUCAUGAAUUAGAAAGUAUAUAAAGUUACUUUCCAUCACUAUCUAUUAUGGUAUGCACUCUUUAGCGUUGUUUGGGUUUCUUUGGGCUCACCGCCUCCACUUCCCGCCAUGCACCGCGGUGAAGCGGUGUCCGUGGCAACAGCACAGGAAGUGGCGCCAACUGUUGAAAACCUGUCACUCACGCUGAAGGAGACUUGACAUUAACUUCCACCGCCUCCGAGACUAAAGCGGCAGAAACAACCCGAGACGCUGCUCCUGUAAAACACCGCUGCUUCUAAAACAUGUCGUCGGUGAGAGUGGGACGCUCACAACAACACAACAAAGGGAAAAGGCCUGUUCGUCCCAAGAAGGCAGCAGCUCCCAGAAGAGAGUGGGUGAGCACUGUCAGUGACCUGUCUGUGCACAAGCUGACACCUGCAGAGCUGAGUCAUCGGCAUGAGAUUCACAAGUCGCACAACAAGGCCGCGGCUCAGUGGGAACUGAGAGAGAAAGCUCUGACACGCCGCUUCGGACACGGCAGGAGUCCUGCCCCUCUGGAACCCGCCAGCCUCAGCAUCAUCAGGGAGGUCUUCUCAGACCAGCUGCUGCUGCAGGAUGUGCUGGCCCGCUCGGACAGAGCCAUGGCUGUGGUCAAGGAUUUGUUUGGAGAUGCUCCUCGCAGGCACACUGGGCAUCCGAGUGUGACCAUGGCUCCAAACUGUGACUCUGACUCAGAACUGCCUGUUCUCCAGAGACCAGAUCCUCCGACUCAGUUGUGCCUCCUCAGCCAGUCUAUGAUGGACCAGCAGGCUCUUAAUGAACUUCAAGACUCAGAGGAAGACCACAGUGAUGAAGAUGCAAAUCCCUCUGGCAGUUCAAACUAUCAUGUAAUCAGAAGGGCCAAUGUGAGAAAAAUGAAGGCACACUCUCGGGGUAAAGUGAAACAGCAGCAGAAAGCCCAACAUCCCGUCGCUGACCAUGGAGACAGAGAUCAUGUUCUUUCAACCCCCUGCACAUCAGGGAGAGCACCAGAUCAAACAGCUCUAAAUGCCACAUUGGCUGUUCAGCGUGUUCGGACCAGACAGAGCCAACCAGAGGAAGACGAGGAGGAACCGUCUGUCCUGGUUUCUCAAGUGCUGAACCCUGAAAGGCCUCUCAGCCAAUCAGGAAGGAUCCGCACUAGAACCAGCAGGACCAGGAAGUGUAUUUCUCUGAGCUCAGAGCUGAACGGCUCCUGUGUUGCUUCUAUCAGUGGGAACCAGUCGAGUCUGGGUCUGCUCCAGUCCAUGUUGGGUCAGGUGGAGGCCGACUUGGACACGAUGAGUCCUGACACAGAACCAGGAUCAGCACAGAGUCCAAACCAGCACAGAACACAAGGCCUCACUGGGUUCUCUGUUGCACUGAUCUCCACGGUCGGACGUUUAGUGCACCACCUCAAAAAGACGGACGAGAAAGUUCAUAAAGAGUCUGAGGAGAGGAGAAAACUGGAGGAGGAGCUGAGAGCGCAGCGCGGCCUGAUUGAUGCUCUCACUGCAGAGACCAUGACUCUGAGAGAAGAGGCUGCCGCCCUGCAGGCAGGGCUGCUGCAGCGGACCACAGAGCUGGAGCAGAAGCUGGAUGCAGUGGUGUUGUUGAUUGGGGGACUUGGACUCCUGGAGGCACACACAGACCCACCCCGAGACUCUGAUGUCAAAGCUGCAGUUUGUCAGUCUGUGCUCGUUCCUGAGCGAAUACAAGCAUCUGCUUCUCCCGCCGUCCUGCUCUCGCCACCUCGACAGAGCGACAACUGGCAACAUAUUCCUGUGACUCACCCCGUACCGGUGCAGCAGCAGCUUCUUCCUGUAGAUAACCUCCGCUCCUUUGAGGACAUCCAGGCCCUGUUCUCAGCCUCCAGCCUCACCAGCCUCCCUCUCACCAGCCUUCCCUCGUCUUCCUCACUCUCACUGACGUCCUCCGACCCGCUCAGCUCACAGCUCCCUCCAGAGGCCUUGCUGGCUGAGAUCGCUCAGCUGAGCAGGCAGAACGAGCUGAUAUGGGCCCAGCUGAGUCAGGCUAAGAGCCUCAGCUCGGGUGGCGGAGGAUCGCCCAACAGUAGCAUCGAGCAGAGGAGACCCAGCUCUGGCAGCAGUGGAAGAAUUACACCUCAGAGCGUUGGAGAGAGGAGGACGUCAGGGUCCAGCAGCUCACGGAGACGGAGCCAGAACAUCCAGGUCGCUGAUGGACACAAAGCCACUCGUCAGACGACCCCUCCUAAUGACCCCAGUGUGAGCACGGUGGAACAGCGCCUCCAAGAGCUAAACAGGCAGAGUGCAGCAGCAAGGGGUCGCCUAUUGGAGCUUAUUGAGCAACAGAAACACGUUUCUUCCAAAGUUUCUCCUUCUGUCUCCCCCAUCCCUACGUCUGCCUUCAGCCCACAAACAGCAGCUGGAGGAGGAAGUCCAGACGUGUCCGUGCUGCCGCCUGCACAGGAGCUUCUGUCACAGGCCGGUGGUGAGAGACGAUCUGCUGGUUCUGAAGUGUCUUCUCACAGAUAUGAGGGAGAAACCAGAGGUGGAAAAACACAGAUGGAGAAGCAGAGAGAGAGAGAAGGCUGGUUUUCCUUGUCCGCUCAUGUCAGAUGAUUCAUUAUUCACCCUGAGAAACCUGAGGACAUUUUAUUAAAUUCUGUCUUUUAAUAUUUUACCUGCACAUUUCAAUAGCUGAUUUUAAUUGAAUGAUUUUAAUAUAAAACUUUUAAAUUAA